UUUCGCUUUGGGCCAGGUCGGAGGCGGCGGGGCCGUCCCGAGAGACUGCAGCUGGAUACCCGGGGAGUUAAUCCGAAAGCGCCUCAAACCCAGCUUGGUCGAAUUCCACGUGUCACCAAGAAGCUGAUGUAGAGAGAGACAGAGAGAGAAAGAAAGCAAGAGACCAGAGUCCUGGGAAAGUCCUGCCGCGCCUCGGAGCAAUUAUAAAAAUGUGGCCCCCUGGGUCGGCCUCCUAAACACCGUCCUCACCUGCUGCAUCCAGCCCUCGACGUCCAGCUGCUGGCUCGGUGUCCGCGCAGCGCCCACUCAGCAUGAACCCACCGCACGGACUCCUCCUUGUGGCCACUCUGGUCCUCCUAAACCACCUGGACCACUUCAGUUUGGCCAGGAACCUCCCCACAGCCACACCAGGCCCAGGAAUGUUCAAGUGCCUCAACCAUUCCCAAAACCUGCUGAGGGCCGUCAGCAGCGCACUUCAGAAGGCCAGACAAACUCUAGAAUUUUACUCCUGCACUUCUGAAGAGAUUGAUCAUGAAGAUAUUACAAAAGAUAAAACCAGCACCAUAGAGGCCUGUUUGCCACUGGAAUUAACCACGAAUGAAAGUUGCCUGGUUUCCAGAGAGAUCUCUUUCAUAACUAAUGGGAAUUGCCUGGCCUCUGGGAAGGCUUCUUAUAUGAUGACCCUCUGCCUUAGUAGUAUCUAUGAGGACUUGAAGAUGUACCAGGUGGAGUUCAAGGCCAUGAAUGCAAAGCUUUUGAUGGAUCCUAAGAGGCAGAUCAUUCUGGAUCAAAAUAUGCUGGCAGCUAUUGAUGAGCUAAUGCAGGCCCUGAAUUUCAACAGUGAGAUUGUGCCACAAAAACCCUUCUUUGAAGAACCAGAUUUAUAUAAGACUAAAAUCAAGCUCUGCAUCCUUCUUCAUGCUUUCAGAAUUCGUGCAGUGACUAUUGAUAGGAUGAUGAGCUAUCUGAAUUCUUCCUAACAAGCUGAAGUCUCCCCCAACCUUAAAGUCAUAUUUAUAAAAAUCUGAACCAAAGAAUUUUUAAUAGAGAGGGGGUGACUUUACCUGGUUCUACUUAAGCUAGUACAGUAAUUUUCAUGUUUACAUUAGUCACUACCCAAAAGUUGAAUGCUGUGACUACUAUAUUCACAUGAUUCCUUUCAUCAAGUAUAUUUCACAUUUACUAUGGAUAAGUAAGUUGUUUUAAAGUUUUAAUGAGCAAAUUGCUAAGGAGGGAAAAUUUCUUCACUGAACAUUUUUUUUUCUUUUUAAUAGAAGAGCAAGAAUUCAUAAGCUAUUUCUAUAUCAGUGUUUGUAGAAACA